AUGGCGGCAAAUACGAACCGCUAUUCGACCUACACCACAGCUUCGGUCGGCUCUGGUACCGACUCUAAGAAUGGGGAUAAAGCUGAAAAGAAGGAGCUAUGGAACUCCAUGCUCUCGUCCGUGGCAAGCGGGAGACGGCUGCCGGAGAAGAACAUAAUAUUGCUGGGUGGCACCGUCGACUCCCAGCGCGAGUUUUUCGAGACCCUCGCCAACAACGACCUCCGCCGCACCCUUGACCGGAACGCAUCACGAAUGCCCCCUGUCGCAAACAGCUUUGCCUUGGGAUACACAUACUACGAUGUCCUCGACGCCGACCAGGAGGACACCCUCGCGCGCAUCUCCCUUUACACCCUCACGAGCCCUUCCGCCGCCUUCGCUUCCCUACUCCGGCCGCUCUUAACGCCCCAAUCGAUACCAAACACGCUGAUAGUGGUGUUGCUGGACUGGUCCGAGCCGUGGAAGUGGAUGCGACAGCUUCGGGAAUGGAUUCUGCUUCUGAGGACGGUGCUGGUCUCUUUGAGCGACGAGUGCGAGGAGACCAUGAAAGAGGUCAUGCUGGCAUGGCGAGAUCGCGGGCGAGGUGGCGUGACAAACCUCGACGGUACUGCGGCCGUACCCACGGCAGACGGCGAGAUGGACCUUCCCGUGGGACCAGGAGAAUGGACAGAUGAGUUGGGGUUGCCCCUCUGUGUUGUGUGCCAGAAUGCCGAGAAGAUGGAGUAUUUGGAGAAGACACAGAGCUGGAAGGAGGAAGAGUUCGACGUUGUCUUGCAAUUUCUACGGACAACCUUGUUAAGGCACGGUGCCUCUUUAAUCUACACCACGCCCUCUGUCCCCUCCCAGCUCCCAACGCUUAUCCACUCUAGCUUGGGGAUACAUUCCCUUCUCAAGAAGCAACCACUCAAGCACAACGUCAUCGACCGGGAUAAGGUUGUAAUCCCGCCAAACUGGGACUCGUGGGGCAAGAUUCGGGUCCUCAGAGACGGAUUUGACGUCGACCUCGUGAGCAACGGCUGGUCGAUCGACCUCGAUCAACCCUUCCCACGCCCACAAUCAAACGGAAGUGAAAACGGAAUUGAGGACGGAAAUGGAGAGGUAGAUGACGACAACGAGCACGUAGCGGACGAACCGGAAGGAUCAACCGUCGCUCUCUACGAAGAGUCAGUUCAAGACCCGAGCAUGGACGCCCUCCAGCUCGCGGGGCGUGACACCCAUUCGACUGCGCUCGAGGUCGAGACGAUCGACACCCAGACCUUUCUCGGGCAGCAACUCAAGGUCCUUGACGCGUUCAAGCAGAAGAACGAGGAGACCGCGCGGGAAGAGUCCCGGCAAAAACCCCAUAAGAAGAUGGACGCCGACCUUGUUAUUGACGACGACCAGAAAGCAGAUGCAAGGGUUCUCGAGCACAUCGGGCCCGUGCAAUUCAACAUGGGUGGUAUCCAGGUGGACGCCGACGACAUGGUACAGCGACUUAAGGAGCGCCAAGCGUUCGGCUCGUCCUCCCAGCCUGAGAGCCCAACCGACGAGGAAGCCAUAGAUUCGACCUCACACAUGGACACGGAGAACCUGCAGGCUUUCUUCCACGGCCUAAUGAACAGGCGGGGAGCGCCUGCCAGAUAA